UUUAGGCCCUCCUCUAUUCAUAUUGCUGUCUCUCUUUUAAACUAAUGACUGGUUGCUAGCUUUAAUUGAACCCCAGCAACCAGAUAACUUCUGGCCAAUUGCAAAUUGUUUAGGAAUAGCACUGUUUCUAGGUGAAUGUCCACUAAUUCUUCUUUGUAUCUUUGUGCAGCAGAAGAACCAAAAGAGCUUUGAGAGACCUUCCUGUGGAUCAGCGAUGGGUCCCAAGCGUCUUUUUAUAUUCUUGAUGCUGAUGGUUAUUGGGCUUCUCCCUUGUUGUGAGACCACAUCAGCUAUCAAACAUGUCACAUUAUUCCAGCACAAACUGACAUUUACGGCUCAUACUCGGAACCUAAUCCCAUGUAUGUUCUACCCUGAACAUCCAAUUAAUCCAGCCGUACUUCGACUAGAAUGGGGGAAAGUUCCUGAAGAUGGGGGGAAGUACACCCCUUUAAUCCAUCUUUACAGUGACAGAGUAGAAACCUUUCCCGAGAACAGUGACAAGUACCAGCUGUUUGUAUCUCUGGUGCCGAGUGGAAACUGUUCAUUGAUUAUCGAUCCCACCGAAACAACAGACAGUGGAACCUAUGAAUUCUGGAUGUCGCUGAAUGAUAAAGUGUAUAAACCCGCUGCCAAAAUCAGAAUUGAGGUUUUGGAGGAGAAGAAAACUUCUCAAUCGCGGUCAAUUGUGCAAAAGAAAGGCAAAAAAGAAGAAAUGACAACUAAAACCGCUCCAACCACUACAACAACUGUAAAAACCAGUACCAAGCCGCCAACUACAAGCAGCAGUGAUCCUAGCAAGGCGGCAUUUAUAUCAUUGAUGGUUAUCGGGCCGAUUCUUAUAAUCGGCACAACCUUGUCAGGAGUUUUUCUGUAUUGCAAACUGAAGCGCAAAAUGGAAUCUGGGGAUGUAGAAAACCCAAAAGUGAGCACCCCAGCAGCUCAGUCUCAGAGUACAUCUAAUCUUCAAAUAGAGAAUGAAACCUCUACUGAAGAGGAGACUGAUGAAGAAGAAAGUGAGGAAGAAGAGAGUGAGGAAGAAGAAAGUGAAAUUAGCAAAUAAUUAUGUCCAUGUAUUAAACCCGGGGACACAAAAUGCUUUGUCCCUGAGGAAGAGCACUGUUUGUGCUCGAAACGUUGGCUCUUUUUAUA